CAAUAGAAAUCUAUACUAAUAUUUAUAUAUAUUUUUUAAAAUGACUGAUGAAUUAACGGACGAAACGCUGGACGAGUUGUUUGUUAAAGAAGUGGGCAGUGUGGUGAAAAUUGUGGAAAACUUGCCCAGCAAUGUCGCAAUGGCAACAUGUGCGCGUUGGCUCAAGAUCUUUCAACAAGCAACGCCCGCAGAGCGAUUUGCACGCAAUUGCAUGUUGCUAUUGCUCCACAAACAGCUCAAUGACAAUAACUGCUUGAGUUAUCCUUUUACGGAUGCGCGCAGUUGCCAACGGGAUCUGAGAGCAUUGCAUAAGAUGAGCUUAUUGUUGCAGCAUACGGAGAGUAGCGUUGAUGAUGCUAAUAACAAUAUCAACUGGGAUGAUAAUGCUGAUAGCGAUGAUAAUGAUAACAUAGAUACUAGUUCGCAGAUCAGUUCACUAUCCUUAGGUAUGAAUUACGAAGAGAAUUUAUUACGCGUGGAGAGUGAUAACAAGGUGCUGAUGGAGCAAAAUAAGGAAAUGGCUAAGGAGCUGCAGGCAUUGCAGUCACAAAAAGAAAGCUUGUUGCGGCAUCGCGAAGGCCUGAAGGCCAAGGCCGAAACAUUACGCGAGCAGGUUAAGUUGAGCAGUAAAGAAAUAGACUGUCUGAAACACAUAUUUUCCUGUUCGGCUGUGACGGCACUUCAAUUAUUUAGACUGCCAGAUUUUAUGGAAUAUCCAAACUAUUUUGUGACGCUGUUCUCUGUUCUCUGUGAAGAUGAGCAGGAUCGUGUACACUUCGAGCUAAUGGAUUUUAAGUUGGGUCGUAUAUUGCGCAGCCAUAUGGAGUAUUAUGUUUCAUUAACUACGCGAGAUCAAAUUAACAGAGCAUACAAAGAAAUACAUGAAAAGGUGACCAAACGUUAUAAGAAAGAUAUCAAAAUGCAGGAAGAAACACAGCUGCAUGAUCUGUCCCUAAUAACAAUGCGUUAUCUGGUUACAUUACGUCAACUCUUUCUGGGCAGCUACAAGGGCGACAGUCAUGUGGAGCAACUGGUGCUGAAUUUCUUGCAAUAUCAAUACAAUGAGAUAGCCGAAGCGUUGUAAAGUGCAUUCCCCGUUUACCUUGGUAUUAGGCGUUCGC